AUGUCCCCGACUGGAGUGGUGGACCACCCUACGCGACGCCCAUGCGAUCGCUGCCGUCAUCGCAAGUCGCGAUGUAUACGGGAGCCAGAGAAAGAAAAUUGCACAUUUUGUAACUUGAAUGGUCUUGAAUGUACAUUUCUUCAUGGUCCCCGACCGCGGAAAAGGACCAAGAAGUCGCCGAGCACAACAGAAACCAAGAUAAAAAGACGCUGCAGCUCUCUAACCCCAUCUACUGUUGGCUCUGUUGAAGAACAGACUAUGGCUGAUCCAAUCAAUUCACGACUGGAUGGUACAUUAGGUCUAGAGCUUCAUCUGCAUUCCGAGUAUAUUGGCCCCGCCAGCUAUCAUGAACCUGAACUUCUUGAUCUGCGGCCAUCAGCUAUGUCUCUCUCUGGCCAUGAGAGAUGUUAUCCGCGACGUGUGAAUCAAUCCGCCGCAUUCAUGACCUACCCUGACAAGGACUCGGCCUCUGAGAUGCAGCGCAUCACUGAUCUAGAUCGCAUCGAGGAAUCGAUACGUCCGCUGGGACCAACCUUGGUAAAUCUUUAUUUUCGCAUCAUGCACCGCACAUUCCCCAUCCUGGAUCAGGGCGUGUUCCUGGAGAAAUAUGCCCGGUCCUACCGUGAGUUCUCACCACCAUUACUUGCUGCAGUUUACCUUGUCGCGCUAGACUGGAAGCUCUUUGAUCGAACGCUCGCUACUGCACCUCGGACACCAGAUGCUGAAGCUCUGGAGGAUCUAGCAAUGCGAGCCAUGGCCGAUGAUCUAAAGCGGCCCAAGCUCUCCACAUUACAGGCGGGUCUGUUGUUAUUGCAAAGAGUGAGGUCCUCCCAUAGCACUCUUCCGGCUCAACUACUAUCACUCGGGCAAACUUUGGGAGUUCAUAUCGACUGUACGGGUUGGAAAAUCCCAGACUGGGAGAAAGGUUUACGACGACGUUUAGCUUGGGCGCUAUACAUGCAGGACAAGUGGGGCGUUCUUGUGCAUGGGCGGCCAUCUCUCAUUCCUGCUCAGAUUGACGAAGACGAUGGGACAAGCGACUGGGAUGUUAUCCCGUGUACACUUAACGACUUUCCAGAAGAAGCGACCACCGAAGAGGAGAAUGGGGAUGGAGGUGUGGACGGAGCCGCAGGUCGGGCGGCAUUCCUGCAAUCUAUUGAAUUGACUAAGAUCUUCAGUCGCAUUGUGUCCACGUUUUGCUCAAUCGGCGCAACCAAAAAAGGCGGACUACUUGAGCGUAUCGGACCGUCAGGUGCGAUGAGUCUGGCAAAGCCCCUAGCGCUGGAAUUGCGCGAAUGGCAUGCGGCCCUGCCAGCCAGCCUCCAGCUGGAAUCCACACCCUCAUUGCGGCUCUCAGCAAACGGCGCCUUGCAUCUCUCACAUAUGACAGCAGAGCUGACCAUCCAUCGCGCAUUACUCCGUGUUCUGACCCCAGAUAGCGCGCUAUCUCUUCGUUCAGCGAUUCGAACCGCUGCCCGCGCCCGACUGACGUCAGCGAUGAACUUGAUUGAAUCUUUUCAACCCGAACAUAUUCAAUCAUUUUGGGGCUUUGCAGCAGCAGCCCAGGUGGCUCUAGUCGGUGCCUUUGCUGGUCUUUUGUGGGCAACGAGUCCUCAAAUGGAUGAAGCAGCAGGGUACGUUGAACAGCUCGAAAGGCUUCGCUGGGUCCUGCAGGUACGGGCAUCCGCAGCUCCAUUUGCUCGCGAGGCACUUCGCAUGCUUCAUGAAGAGGUCGGUGAUUUGGCUGCUGUAAAGGCAGCCACAUUCCGAGACUCCUAG